AUUAAUGGGAUAGAUGGGAAGGAGCAAUUCAUUCCUGUGGAGAAGACACUGGUUCACUCAAGCUGGACUAAUAAUGCGGCGGCUGGAUUUGACAUCGCCUUGAUGAAGCUGAUGAAUAAUGCUGUCCUGAGCUCAUAUGUCGCACUGGCCACACUGCCCAGCACUGACCACAUUCUUCCACAAAACAGUGUGUGCUUCAUCACUGGCUGGGGCCUUACCAGCACGAGUGGACAGCUGUCAGGCACCCUCCAGCAGGCCCAUCUCCCUUCUGUAGACUACAGCACCUGCUCCAGUAGCUCCUGGUGGGGAUCGACUGUUAAGACCACCAUGGUCUGCGCUGGUGGAGAUGGAAUCAGAUCAGGUUGUAAUGGGGAUUCUGGAGGACCCCUGAAUUGUUACGUCAGUGGAAGAUACCAAGUCCAUGGAGUGACCAGCUUUGUGUCUGCAUCAGGCUGUAAUGUUAACAAGAAGCCUACAGUCUUCACGCGUGUCUCUGCGUACAUCAGCUGGAUCAACAGUAUCAUGGCCAGUUAUUAAAUGCCAGAGGACUGUGGUGAAUGGACUAUAUGUGUGACAUCAGCUGUGUGAAAAGCAAUGAACCUCAGCCUCUUGCUGUUUUAUUUACGAGAAAUAAAGUAUUUUCUUGCAAAAGCAAGCCCUCA